AUGUUGUCAAUAACCACAUCUUGGCUGAUGGUUGGUAUACUAAUCUUUCUCCCAGCGAUAUUUAGCCCAUCCGUGCCAGCACUGAGACUAGAACAUGCAGCAUCCAGAUCACAGCUGCUACAAACGAUACUGGAACACGGCCAAAAUAUCCAGGGACUAUCUAAGCGUCCCGAAGGCAUACCAGAUCACCCACUCGAACUGCAUUGUUGUCCAUCUGAAACACAUAUCAUCCAUCCUAGAGGAGGCAUAUCUAGAGAAGGGAAACUGGUCGAACUCUAUCGAAACUACCGCACAUUGCAGACAUUCUACCAGACUUCGUGUAAACCAAACAUAGACGCUCGACCUUGCCGCCUUAUAGACGAAGAGAGGCAGCCAUUUUCUCGGUGUGUUCAGAAGUAUACUUACGUGUACGCUUUCAUAAGAACUUUCAAUAUCUCAGAAAGCUACAGGCUAGAUUAUGUUCGCCUGAAGACGGGAUGUUCCUGCGAGCUGGUGUAUCAACAUCUUUAG